UCAAAUUGUCAAAUAUACAUCAAUUUUGACGAUUGAGAUUCAUUGGUUUUCAAUUGUAUUAAUUAAGAUAUAACACUAAUUCAACAAUAUUAUAGCUCGUCAAGCUUUACUUUCGUAAAGUAGUGUAUUCUAGAAUAUUACGAAGCUAUCAAAAUGUUGGUCCUAGUCUUGGGUGACUUACACAUCCCGCACCGCACCGGCAGCCUCCCGCCCAAGUUCAAGAAGCUGCUACUGCCCGGCCGCAUCCAGCACAUCCUGUGUACGGGCAACCUUUGUACCAAGGAGUCCUAUGACUAUUUGAAGACGCUGGCCAGUGAUGUGCAUGUGGUCAGAGGAGAUUUCGAUGAGAACUCCACCUACCCAGAACAAAAAGUCAUAACCGUCGGUCAGUUCCGCAUCGGCCUCGUCCAUGGGCACCAAGUGGUCCCGUGGGGAGAUGAAGAGUCCCUCGCACUGGUGCAGAGACAACUCGAUGUGGACAUCUUGAUCUCGGGACACACACAUCGGUUUGAGGCUUACGAGCAUGAGAACAAGUUUUAUAUCAAUCCGGGGUCUGCUACUGGAGCUUACAGUCCUCUUUUCAGGAACCCAACACCAUCGUUCGUUCUAAUGGACAUCCAGAGCUCCACAGUAGUCACAUACGUCUAUAAACUGCUCGGAGACGAGGUGAAAGUCGAGCGGAUCGAGUAUAAGAAGGCGUAGUAGCUACAGAUCUAUUGUAAUGUGUUAAGAGAAACUAUUCCAUAUGUAUAAAUAUCAGAAGAGUAUGGUGUCAUGUGGUACGAACAGUGAAAUAAUGGCGCAUUUUCAUUAGUCGAUAACUCGUUCGGUAUACAGCGUACGGGGAGUCGCCGCAGGCGAGAUAACAACCAAUGAAAGUGGCGCAAAUUGAUUGGUCGUUACGUAGCAUACGGGGACUCUCCGCAGGCGAGAUAACAGCCAUUGAAAGUGGUGCAAAUUGAUUGGUCGUUACGUAGCAUACGGGGACUCUCCGCAGGCGAGAUAACAACCAAUGAAAGUGGUGCAAAUUGAUUGGUCAUUACGUAGCAUACGGGGACUCUCCGCAGGCGAGAUAACAACCAAUCAAAGUGGUGCAAAUCGAUUGGUCGUUACUCGUUACGUAGCAUACGGGGACUUUCCACAGGCGAGAUAACAACCAAUGAAAGUUACUAUUACUAUUUAAUUUCCUGAAUGCGGGCCCUGUGGCAUGCGUUCCAGAAAUCUCUCGCACCCCGAAUGCGGACCCUAUCGACUAUUGCAUUCGGGGUACGAGUGAUUUCUUUAACGUGUGCCACAGGUCUCGCAUUCGGGGAAACGUUUUCAUUAGUCGAUAGGGCCCGCAUUCGGGGUGCAAGAGAGAACGAAUGCCGCAUUCGGGAAAUUAAAUAGCAGUAGUAACUUUCACUGGUUGUUAUCUCGCCUGCGGGGAGUCCCCGUAUGCUGUUUAACGACCAAUCAAUUUGCACCACUUUCAUUGGUCGUUAUCUCGCCUGCGGCGACUUCCCGUAUGCUGCAUUCCGAACGGGUUAGCGACCAAUUAAAUUGCACCGCUUUCAUUGGUUGUUAUAUCGCCUGCGGGGACUCCCCGUAUUCUGUAUACCGAACGAGUUAUCGACUAAUGAAAUUGCGCCAUUAAGCUUAAGAGUGCUCACUCCUAGUUAAAACUCGUAAAAGUCCGAAGGCCGAGCUCCGCGUAGAACCGAAGGCUCAGAGCGUCCCUGAGAGGUACAAGUUGAUAGUCUUGUUACAUUCUUUUUGCAUUUUUAGUGUUCCGUAUAAAAUAGUACAUUGCGAUACAAGUGCGAUAAAUAAGAAAUUCGAAACGGGUGGCGAUAAAUUAAAACACGAACGUAGUGUUUUAAAUCGAGACGAGGUGCGAAUUACUUUUUCGCACAUGUAUCGUAUAACGAUUUACAGUAUAUAACCAUUCUAUUUUUGACUUAGUUGCGUAAUGAGCACAUUACCUAACAAGUGCGGUAAUGUAGCGCCAUAUGUAUUACUGUCAAGUUUAUUAUUAACAUUUGAAUAUGUUUUCUUGUUUUUUAGAAUAUCAAUAAUUCAAGGUGACCUAUGUUUAUUGUGGAUCCAGUUAUUCUUUCUGUAGCAUAUCGAAACUGUAAAAUUCAAAAUGGCGGUGAAGACCUAAAAGCGUUUCUAAUGAAUUACUUGUUGUCGUUACGCUUAUACCAUACAAAAUCGCAGCUGGUGUAAAUUGUUCUGUUUUAAAAAUAUUAAAUUUAAUUAGACUUGUUUACUAAAAUUGUAAGGCUUUUCCCAAACCGAUUUUUGGUCGGCAAUUAGCUGAUUCCGCGUCGAUAGGUUUGGGGAGACCCCAACAUGCCGUUACCGUCCGGCGAAUUGAUGGUCAGUGAAUGUCUUUAGGUAACUUUUCCAGGCAGGCGGUAUGAAAAGUAUAAUAGAACCUAAAAAUCUCGAGGUUUUACACGUUUUUUUGGCAUGGGACUUGAGUUUAACGGGUUUAAACCUGCCCACAUGAUAUUCGGCAAUAUUUUACAUUUUAUUUAGAAAGGUAAAACGUUUUGAAGUUCCUUCGGGACGAAAACUAAAACGUGGGAGGGUUAGAUUAUACAAAUGUAUGUAUUGUCCCAGAUUUGUAAGAACCUCUUUUUGACACAUGACAGCGUCCACAAUACGCAAACUCGCGCAACCUAAUGAACUUUUAAAUAAAAUCCUGUAAUAAUAUUUAAAAAAAUCAAGUA